AUGUCUCAACGAAAACUGCAGCAGGAGAUUGAUAAGCUGCUUAAGAAAGUUAAGGAAGGAUUGCAAGAUUUUGAAGACGUGUAUGAAAAGUUCCAAAACACCGAUGCUUCUAACAGCUCCUAUAGAGAGAAAUUGGAAGGUGACUUGAAGAGAGAGAUCAAGAAGUUGCAGAAGCAUAGAGAACAAAUCAAAGCCUGGCUAAGCAAAGAGGAUGUGAAGGACAAACAGCAGGUUUUGAUGGAGAAUCGACGACUAAUUGAGUCAGGGAUGGAACGGUUUAAGCUGGUUGAGAAACUGAUGAAAACCAAACAGUUUUCGACUGAGGCACUUACGAACCCUGACAUCAUCAAAGAUCCGCGAGAACUGAAGAAGAGAGAUCAAGUUGUGUUCAUCCAAGAGUGUUUGGAAGAAGUGCAAAAACAGCUUGAAUCGUUCGAAAGUCAGGGAGAAGAGAUCCAAAUAGAGCGACAUGCAUUCCACAUUGCCAAUCUGGAGCAUAUUUUGAAAUUGCUACAAAACAAUGAGCUUGAGCCAGACUCAGUUGAAGAAUUUCAGGACGAUAUCAAAUACUACGUCGAAAACAACGACGACCCAGAUUUCAUAGAAUAUGAGAAUAUUUAUGAGGAUAUGGGGUGUGAAAUUAAGGCUGGUGAAGCUGAAAAAGAAGUGGGCACGCCCUCCAAAGCCGGCAAGGCAUCCCGAUCAGAACGUUCUCCCAGGAAAAAGCAGUCCCCUGCACCUUCCUCUGCACAAGACCAAGCUGAGAGAGACACGGAUACACCUGAGCCCCCAGCUGCAAGCAUUCCUGGUGCACUGAGCGAAAAGAACAAAUCAUCGGUGUCGCUGACUUCUCCGACAAGAUUAAAUUCUACAAUCGCGUUCAAGAAUCAUAAAAAGGAGACGACGCCGCAACCAAUGGUACACACUCCGAGUGCUGUUCAGCCACCCAGGGAUUUGUCCAGAGAAAUCGAAGAGAAAAUAACUCGCGAUCUAAACGAAAACCCGGUGUUCAAAAACCCAUUAUUCAGCCCGGGACUUGCAUACUGGGCACAGACCAAAAGGCCCUUGCUCCAACCUUUCGAGAAAAUGCCACCAGACAUGGUGUCACAAUUGGAGUCCUCGCUUCUUAACUGUCCAGACUCGCUAGAUGCAGACACUCCAAAACUCUACCAGGCUCCAUUGUCGCUACCGCAUCCUACCUCAAUCUUCUUCCCCAAUGAGCCCAUAAGACUUGUGUCGACAGAAACACCUGAGGAAAGUAGACCUGCACGUGAUUUUUACUCUAGAACUUCGCUGGCUCGCAUCAUGUCCAAAUUUGACCUCGAUACCUUAUUCAUGGUUUUUUACCAUUACCAGGGUACCUAUGAACAAUUCCUAGCAGCCAAGGAACUCUCUAACCGUGGUUGGCAAUUCAACAAAAUAAAUCGUUGUUGGCUAUUCAAAGAGGUUGAGAAGCUUCCACCUGGAAAUGAAAAAUCAGAAGAAGUUUCCUGGAGGUAUUUUGAUUACCAAAAGUCAUGGCUGGCUCGGCGCUGUGGGGACGAGUUUGUAUAUAGACAGGAGGACUUUGAGAAGAUAUGA